GUGAACUAGUGAUGGCGCCGCCAAUAGAGAAGGGAGGUGCUGUAAAUAGCAUAACGGAGCUCAACGUCGUCCAGAGAAGGGGCGGCGACCGCCGUGGAAGAGGAGGCUGAGGCGAAGGAAGCAAUCGCAGCCAUCGCAGGUCGAAACGAAGAGAUCGUCAUGGUUCUACUGAUGAAGCAACUGCCAGCAAAGAAAAGCAUGGGGGAGCAGACAAUUCACAUUUGCAACCUGACAUGAAAGUAGACCAGACUGUCACUGGCUAUCGCUACUCUGUUGCUCCUGUUCAUGCAGCUUCUGUCAAAACAUGUAAAGGAAGAACAACUGUCGCUACUGCUCCUACUUUCAGAUGCAUUGAACCUGCAGAAAAGCGAAAAGAAUUCUACACUAAAUUAGAACAGAAACAUCAUUCUAUGGAAGCAGAGAAAAUGCAAUUCGAAGCUAGGAUGAGGGAGGAGCAAGAGGAAGCUCUUAAGGAAUUCAGAAAGAACUUGAAUUUCAAAGCAAACCCUGUUCUGAGGUUCUAGAAUGAGGGUCCUCCACCAAAGGUUGAAUUAAAGAAGGUACCUCUUACUCGCGUUAAGUCACACAAGUUAACUCAAACAAAGAGUUUCAGCAAAGCUAACCCAACCGAAGGAAAUAAGUAUGGUGCAGCAUGCAAUCGUCUUCAUUGUCAUGAUAUUUCAAUUGGGUGAAAUGAGAAAUUGUCAAGGUUUUUGAUGCUGUAAGCUACUAAAGGAUUCUCUACUAUGGCGGCGAAUAAUAUCUGCACAAGUCAUCAGAUUCGUCAUCCACAAGAAACCAAAGCAGAGAUGGAGCUCGAGAGGAAGAGGAAGAGCAAGAGGAAGAGGAAGAGUAGGAGCAUGUAAAUGGCAUCGCAGCCUCACGCUAUCCCUUUCUUUUCCCUUCCUCUUCAUCUUCUCAUCUACUUCGCUUCCUCUGCAAGCUCUUCGGUCGCAACUCCUUUUAUACGAAAAAAGACGAAAAGUGAAGCCUUUGCGGAGAGGAAGAAGAGUGGUUGGUUGAUCGGGAGAUGUGGGGGCCUCCGUUGAUCCUACUGCUCGCGAUCUGGGCGGUCUGCUUGAUAGAUCAUGUCUCCUCUGAUAAGGCCGGCGACUGGAUUCUCCCGCCGAAGCUGAGGCUGGAGAGGGCGCUGCCAACGAAAGGGAUUGGGCUGGAGCACCUCCGGUCGCGGGAUCGGGCCCGGCACGCAGGUCGGUCGCUUCUGCAGUCAUCCGCCGUCGAGGUGGUGAAUUUCCCCCUUUGGGGCGCCGCCAAUCCUUUCGCCGUCGGACUUUAUUAUACUCGUGUCCAAUUGGGGAACCCCUCAAAAGAAUUCUAUGUUCAGAUUGAUACAGGAAGCGAUAUCUUGUGGGUGGCAUGCAAUCCUUGCAAUGGAUGCCCUACAUCCAGUGGGUUGAACAUCCAGCUUGAGUACUUCAAUCCUGAAACUUCUUUCGCAUCAUCACAAAUCCGUUGCUCUGAUGAUAGGUGCACCUCAGGCCUCCAAAAUGGGGAAACAUUGUGCUCUACUUCUAGUUCUUCAAACUCCCCUUGCAGUUACUCUUUCCAGUAUGGUGAUGGGAGUGGCACGUCUGGAUAUUAUGUAUCUGAUACCAUGUAUUUUGAGGCAGUUAUGGGAAACCAGCAGACAGUGAAUUCCUCAGCUACCAUUAUGUUUGGAUGUAGCAACUCUCAGACUGGAGACUUGACCAAGGCAGACAGGGCAGUUGAUGGGAUUUUUGGAUUUGGACAGCAUCAAUUAUCCGUCAUCUCGCAGCUGUCCUCUAUAGGUGUGACUCCUAGAGUAUUCUCUCAUUGCUUGAAGGGAUCUGAUAAUGGUGGAGGCAUAUUGGUUCUUGGAGAAAUUAUUGAACCGGGUAUUGUCUAUACCCCUCUUGUUCCAUCACAAUCUCAUUACAACUUACAUCUAGAGAGUAUUGCUGUCAAUGGGAAAACACUAUCGAUUAGCCCAUCUGUGUUUGAAGUAUCAAACACACACGGAACCAUCAUCGACUCUGGAACCACAUUAGCUUACCUUGCAGAGCAAGCUUAUGAUCCCUUUGUUAAUGCAAUAAUAGCUUGGCUUUCGCCAUCUGUGCGUUCAGUACCAUUUAAAGGAAAUGAGUGUUUCAUUACGACCGGCAGCAUCGAUGAAUCAUUUCCUUCCGUAUCAUUGAACUUUAAAGGCGGUGCAUCCAUGCCAUUAAAGCCUGAAGAUUACCUUCUUCAACAAGGUUAUGUUGAUGAUUCUACCAUAUGGUGUAUUGGCUGGCAGAAGAACCAUGGUUUAGGAAUUACGAUACUCGGAGACAUCAUUCUGAAGGACAAGAUAUUUGUUUACGAUAUCGCGAAUCAACGAAUGGGUUGGACGAACUAUGAUUGUUCUCAAUCUGUAAAUGUCAGCGUAUCAUCUGGUAAGAACCAGUACCUAAAUACCGGGCAGCUUGAUGUUAAUGUCUCAUCACGCAUCGGAUUCGACAAACUGCUAUGGCUCAGCGUUGUGCUCGUGCUUCAUCUUCUUACUUCAGGUUGGAAACGGCACGACAAUAUUUUUAAGAGAUCAUUAAAUUCAGAAGUCAGCUGGUCAAAGUCAACCGUUGGAACGAUUUAUGACCAGAAAAAAGCUCAUGGACAAAAAGAAUGCCAACUACCGCCGCCACUACAGCAAUUUGUCUAUUACACCCUUGACAUAUGGAAAUUACAAGAUGAUAUAUUUGAAUUUGAUCACGGAAGCUUCCUGUCCCAUUUAAAACCUACCUUUCUCUCCGUCUAAGUUGGUAAAAGAUCCCUAUCAAUCUAUUCAUAUGAAGGACGCCGAAGCUCUGUGCGUUAAUAAACAAGUGAUUUGUUAUCAUAUCAUGUAUGCUGUUCAAAUCUUGAUAAAAUUGAAGUAAAUAUCUUCUUUAUGUGUUAA